GGCACAGCAUCUCUCCAUCUUCCAUGAACAAUUUCCCACCACUUUUCCACCACCACCACCACCAUCAUUCGCGUUUCCAGAAACGGAAACAACAACAAAUCCGUACUCCUCCUCUCGUCAGCUCCGUCCCCAGCGAAUUUAAUUCCCUCUCCCUUCCCACUGCGAGGAAUAAUACUCCCAACUCCCAACCAAAUUAGAUGUUCCCUGCCACAUAAUCCCAUUGGCAUCGGAAUCCCCCGAAUCCCAUUCCUUCUUAUCACCCCCUCCAUUCCCUCCCCCUCCCCCCUCCCAAAUGCCUAAUUAACACCACCAUGCGAAUUCCCAAGAAACCCGUUUCCUUCUGCCUCUUUCUGUUUUAUCCCGAACUUUCCGCUUCCUCUCUCUUUCCCCGCUUCCGCUCUCCCGGUAAAAGAAAAAGCUUUCACACAACAGGUGUCUCUUGGAGCAUAGCUUGGAGGAUUCUUAGAGUUGGAACUUAACCUGGUGCACUGUGCGCUCACUUUUGUUUGGCACUUCAGGAGGUUAUCAAUUGCAUGCCAGUUAUUCGAUGGAAAAAGGCCACGAAACUGCUGUACGAGGUGACCAGUCAGCACAUUUUGCACCUAUGGGCUCAACUGAUGGUGGUAAAAAACCAUGUGUAUGGUCAUCUCCCCAAGGAGGAUGUAAAAUUGACAUAAGAAAGCAGAUCUUCUGCAACAGAUCGUUGAAUAUGAAGAAUAUUGUUGCAGUAGGAUUUGAUAUGGAUUACACAUUGGCACAGUACAAGCCAGAAACCUUCGAGUCUCUUGCAUACGAUGGAACUAUCCGGAAGUUGGUGUACGAUCUAGGAUACCCUCGUGAGUUGCUGAAUUGGUCCUUCGAUUGGACAUAUAUGGUCAGAGGGUUGGUUCUGGAUAAGAAGAGAGGCAACAUCUUGAAGAUGGAUCGACAUAAGUAUGUGAAAGUUGCUUACCAUGGAUUCAAAGAGUUAUCUAAGGAAGAUAAAGUUAACACCUAUGGGAAUACAUUAGUGCGGGAUUCCUUUGACGAGCCAGAUUAUAUUAUCAUUGAUACCCUCUUUGCCCUUGCUGAAGCUUACAUGUUUGCCCAACUGGUUGACUUUAAAGACAAAAAUUCAGGAAAUUUUCCAGAGAGUGUUGAUUACGCUGUUAUGUACAAGGAUGUUCGAGCUGCUGUUGAUUUGUGCCACCGUGAUGGAACUUUAAAGCAAAUGGUGGCAAAUGACCCUCAGCGGUACAUUAAUGAAGAUACCUCCAUAGUUCCUAUGCUCAAAAUGCUGAGAGAUUCCGGCCGUGCUACAUUCCUGGUGACAAACAGUUUAUGGGACUAUACAAACAUUGUAAUGAAUUUCCUCUGUGAGUCGCGCACAGUGGAUGGUAGUAGAAAAUGCAAUUUCAACUGGCUUAAAUACUUCGAUGUUGUCAUCACUGGCAGUGCAAAGCCAAGCUUCUUUCAUGAUGGUAACCGUGCUAAUCUGUUUGAGGUAGAUCUCGAGUCGGGGAUGCUACAUAAUACUGAUAAUGGUUCUCCUACGGCUCAGGUUGGAAGUUCUUCACCUGCACCUACAUUAUCAUUGAACGGACAGAAGAAGGGUUGUAAAGUUUUCCAGGGAGGCAGUGUUGGGCAUCUUCAUAAACUGCUUUCAAUUGAGUCAAGUUCACAGGUUCUUUAUGUUGGUGACCAUAUAUACGGAGAUAUUUUGCGUAGCAAAAAGGUUCUUGGGUGGAGAACAAUGCUUGUUGUUCCAGAGCUAGAAAGGGAGGUUGAACUCCUAUGGGAAUUGAGAGAUACCCGCAAGCAACUUCAAUUGUUGAGGAAUGAGCGCGAUAUGAUUGAAGACAAAAUACAUCAUCUAAAGUGGUCUCUCAAAUAUGACGAUAUCAGUGCUGAGGAGAAGCAAAAAUUAUCUUCUGAAUACUAUGCGUUGGAGUUCCGAAGAGACCAAGUGCGGUUCAUCCAUCAACAGUCUCAACGUGAAUGUCACCAAAUGUUUCACAAGAUUUGGGGACAACUCAUGAAGACUGGCUAUCAGAACUCUCGCUUUGCCCAUCAGGUUGAAAGAUUUGCCUGCCUUUAUGCUAGCCAAGUUUCCAACUUGAGCCUCUAUUCGCCUGACAAAUACUACAGGCCGAGUGAAGACUACAUGCCCCAUGAAUUUGAUAUUCUUCCCCUGUGACGCAUCUCUGCGUCGUGAUAAGAAGAGGCAGCAUUUCGGGAGGAGUGUGGUGAGUUUGGCUCUGGGAAGCAUUAAACAAAGAGCUAAUGCCAAAAGCUUAGUACCCCCUGUAAAUGUUUGCUCCAAUAGAGUACUGUAAAUUAAGUGCUUAUAUGCCCUUUACUUUUCUUUGCCCCUGUAUGUAGUACAAACUUUUCUGCAUUAUGAAUGAAGAAAUGUUUCGUUGCGUGUUA